AUGAGGACCAAGAAUCUGGAAGGUGAAGUUCUUGGUAACAUCUUACCGAGAUUUAAAGGUUUGCGUGUCUUAAAAUUAGAGGAGGCUGAUAUUGAUGAGUUGCCAAUUUCAAUUGGAAAGUUGAAACAUUUGAGGUAUUUAGAUAUUUCAGGAACAAUGGUUGAAAGGCUCCCCCAAUCUGUUGGCAAGCUUUAUAACCUACAGACGUUAAGAAUAGAGAGUUUCUAUCUUGAAAAGUGUCCAAAGGAACUGCAAAAUUUGAUCAACUUGAGACAUAUUUAUUUUAAAAAGAAUGCUAUGGACUUUCCAGUUGGCAUGGGCCGGUUGAGUAAUCUCCGAUCGUUAUCUUAUUUUAUUGUGGGUAAGGAGAAAGGCCGUGGAAUAGAGGAGUUGGGUGGCUUAAAGCAUUUGAAAGGAAAAAUAUCUAUUUAUCAUUUGGAGCAUGUGAGAGAUAUAGAAGAAGCAAAGAAGGCAAAGUUAGCGGAGAAGACAAACAUACGCAAACUAAAGUUUGAAUGGGGGGAAGGCAGGUCAAGCGCCAUAAACAACGACAGGGAUGUCCUAGAAGGCCUUGCACCGCACUCUGAAUUGGGAAUUUUGAAGAUUUGCAACUUUAGCAGUGAUCAAUUUCCAUCAUGGAUGACGAGUGGAAAUUUGUUUUCUUCCUUGAAAAUAUUAAGUAUUGAUAAUGCAAAGAACCUAAUUGAAUGGACGGGAGCUGCAAUAUUUCCUCGCCUUGAGGAGCUGUUCCUGAGGAAUUGUAAUCAAUUGAAAAGUGCUCCCACUCAUUUUCCAUGUCUCCAAAAGUUAACAAUAGAUUCCAUGGAUAGCGGCAUGCCGAUAGCUAACAUAAGCACUCAGCUCACCACUCUUUCUCAUCUCACAAUAAAGGAGAUGAAGGAACUUGCUUCUCUGCCGGAAGGGAUGUUAAAGAAGAACAAAAAGCUUUCAUAUUUGGCGAUAAGGAGCUGUCCAGAUUUAACUUGUAUUGCUGCGGAUGUAUUUGGUUGUUGUGCAUCUCUCGAGUCAUUGAGAAUUUAUGGGUGUCCUAAUCUUAGGACUUUGCCUGAUGGGCUACACACUCUGCUCUCCCUUAAGGAGUUGAUUAUAAGGGAUUGUAAAAGUCUGGAGUGCAUCCCAGUUACACAGGGUCUCGCAUCUCUCUGCAAAUUUCCUAUUGAUAAUGCAAAGAACCUAAUUGAAUGGACGGGAGCUGCAAUAUUUCCUCGCCUUGAGGAGCUGUUCCUGAGGAAUUGUAAUCAAUUGAAAAGUGCUCCCACUCAUUUUCCAUGUCUCCAAAAGUUAACAAUAGAUUCCAUGGAUAGCGGCAUGCCGAUAGCUAAUAUAAGCACUCAGCUCACCACUCUUACUCAUCUCACAAUAAAGGAGAUGGAGGAACUUGCUUCUCUGCCGGAAGGGAUGUUAAAGAAGAACAAAAAUCUUUCAUAUUUGGAGAUAAGGAGCUGUCCAGAUUUAACUUGUAUUGCUGCGGAUGUAUUUGGUUGUUGUGCAUCUCUCGAGUCAUUGAGUAUUUCAUGGUGUCCUAAUCUUAGGACUUUGCCUGAUGGGCUACACACUCUGCUCUCCCUUAAGGAGUUGAUUAUAAGGAAUUGUGACAGUCUGGAGUGCAUCCCAGUUACACAGGGUCACGCAUCUCUCUGCAAAUUUCCUAUUUUCAAGUGUCUUGAGUUAUGUAUUCUACCUGAGGGGCUAGAAUGUUGCACCUCUCUUCGAAGGUUGAUAAUAGACGAAUGCUCCAAAAUAACAUCCAUUUCAAUCACACACGGCCUCCCAUCCCUCUGCGAAUUAGAGAUUUCGAAUUGUGAUGAAUUAUCAAGCCUACCAAAUGGGUUACAACAUUGUACCUCUCUUGAGCACUUGUCUAUUACCUAUUGCCCGAAUCUAGAAGCUAUUCCAAGUUUAGACAGCCUCACACAACUCCGUCAGUUGGAGAUCUAUAACUGUGAUGGAUUAAAAGGUGUACCCCUUACUAGUGCGUUUACAGCAUCCCUCACCCGCUUAAAGGAAUUGGAAAUUGGUGGGUUCUGGAAGGAGCUCGAUUUCUUCCCUGCUUUUCAGUCUGAUGUAUCUACCUCCACUUGA